CUGUGGCAACGGCGCCGCCGGUUUACUUCCGGAAACGUGACGUCACGGCGCACGACCGGAAGUGGGUAGUACUUCCGCCGGGGAGCGAGGAAACAAGAUGUCGGACAACGAGGACAACUUCGAUGGGGAUGACUUCGAUGAUGUGGAGGAAGACGAGGGGCUGGAUGACCUGGAGAACGUGGAGGAGGAGGGACAGGAGAACGUGGAGAUCCUCCCCUCCGGAGAGCGCCAGGCAGCGAACCAGAAGCGAAUCACCACCCCCUACAUGACCAAGUAUGAGAGAGCCAGAGUGCUGGGCACACGUGCCCUCCAGAUCGCGAUGUGUGCACCCGUGAUGGUGGAGCUGGAAGGAGAGACAGACCCCUUGCUGAUUGCCAUGAAAGAACUCAAAGCACGCAAGAUUCCUAUCAUCAUCCGUCGUUACCUGCCUGAUGGGAGCUACGAGGACUGGGGUGUGGAUGAGCUAAUUAUCACAGAUUGAUCGGCCUCUGGCUGUUGCUUUUGGUUCUUUCCUCCUCCAGCAGAUGUUUCUAUUUUUGUUUAUAUUUGUAUAAAUAAAUUAUAAAGCCUUCUGUAUGCCA